CGGUAUGGAGCUGCGCGUACUUCUUCUUGUCCUGGUAAGCUAUGGCAUCCACGCUCUCUCGGAACACCACCCAGGAUAUAGAUUAGAGCUCAAGCAAGUAGACUCCUACGCUUCCGGCACGCUGACCAGAGCAAAGAGGCUCGAGAAGGCGCUCAAGACGAGUAAAUCCCGAGCAAACUUCUUCUCGGAUCGAAGGAAAACAUCGAAUAGUCCUACCAAAUCAAACAACACUCGCGACCGCCACUCGCCGGAGCUGUCGAGCUCCAUCUAUCAGGCUGGCGGGGGAGAAGGCGAGUAUAUGAUGGAGCUGAGCAUUGGAACUCCUCCACAGCUGAUCCCGGCCAUGAUCGACACAGGGAGUGAUCUCGUUUGGCUCAAGUGUGAUAAUUGCGAUCACUGCGACUUGGAUCAUCACGGCGAGACCAUUUUUUUCUCCGAUGCUUCCAGUUCAUACAAGAAGCUCCCGUGCAAUAGCACGCACUGCAGUGGCAUGUCCUCGGCUGGGAUUGGUCCUCGCUGCGAGGAAACUUGCAAAUACAAGUAUGAGUACGGUGACGGUUCCAGGACUUCCGGAGAUGUUGGCUCCGACAGGAUCAGCUUCCGAAGCCAUGGAGCCGGAGAGGAUCACAGGAGUUUCUUUGAUGGUUUCUUGUUUGGCUGUGGACGGAAGCUAAAAGGUGACUGGAACUUCACCCAGGGAUUGAUUGGUUUGGGACAAAAAUCGCACUCGUUGAUCCAGCAGCUCGGGGAUAAACUUGGCUACAAAUUCUCGUAUUGUCUCGUGAGCUAUGACAGCCCUCCAAGUGCAAAGAGCUUUCUCUUUCUGGGAUCUUCCGCGGCUUUGAGAGGCCAUGAUGUUGUUUCCACCCCGAUUCUUCACGGUGAUCACCUGGAUCAAACCCUCUACUACGUAGAUCUCCAAAGUAUCACGGUCGGUGGCGUUCCAGUGGUGGUCUAUGAUAAAGAAUCAGGUCACAACACUAGCGUUGGACCUUUUCUAGCGAACAAGACUGUUAUUGACUCCGGAACCACGUACACCUUGCUAACUCCCCCGGUUUACGAAGCCAUGAGGAAAUCAAUCGAGGAACAAGUGAUACUUCCCACACUCGGCAAUUCGGCGGGCCUUGAUCUUUGCUUCAACAGUUCUGGGGACACGAGCUAUGGCUUCCCAAGCGUCACCUUUUACUUCGCAAACCAGGUCCAGCUCGUUCUUCCAUUCGAGAACAUCUUCCAGGUGACGAGCAGAGAUGUAGUGUGCUUGAGCAUGGAUUCUUCCGGUGGUGAUCUUUCCAUCAUUGGAAACAUGCAACAGCAAAACUUCCACAUUCUCUAUGAUCUCGUUGCCUCUCAGAUCUCCUUCCAGAGAGUUGAGUGUGAAAACCUCUAACAAGUAUGAUCAACUAAAGAUAUUUUUGAUUCAAAAGUGUAGGCAAUGCAUCUUCAAUUUGGGAGAGACCUUGUUUCUUGGAAUAUGCUGCUCUCUACUCAGGCAAAGGCUGGAAAUAUAAAACAAUGUAGGAUUAUAUUUGAUAAGAUGCCACUGCACGAUAUCGUGUCGUGGACUACGAUGCUCAGCGCAUUUGCCAAGAGUGGGCAUUUUGUAGAAUCAAAGGACUUUUUUGAGAUGAUGCCUUGUUGGAGCCUGGCAUCCUACAAUUCCAUGCUUGCUCUUGGAGACUUGCAUGAAGUUAAAGAUUUUUUAAAAUCAAUGCCACAAAGGAAUCUCAUCUCUUAUAACGCAUUACUUCACAAAUGCUCCCAGUGUGGUAACGCAAACCAAGCAAAAUCUCUUCUAGAUGCCAUGCCCGAAAGAGAUUCCGUGUCAUGGACAUCCAUGAUGACAGCAUAUGCUCGUACAGGGCAAAUGUCCAGGGCUGAAGAAACGUUCGCUGCAAUGCCGGAGAAGAAUCUUGUGUCAU